CAUACAUUUAGUUUUGAAGAGUUAGAUGAGCAUAAUUAUCAAAAUGAAUAACCAUUAUGUUUCAAAUGCAGGUUUUACCAGUCAUGAAUAGAAAAGCUGUUGCGGCUAUUGGUAUUGACCUUGGAACAACAUAUUCUUGUGUGGGUGUUUGGCAAAAUGACCAAGUUGAGAUCAUAUCCAAUGAUCAAGGAAAUAGGACAAUGCCAUCUUGUGUUGCUUUCACGAAUUGCGGACGCCUAAUAGGUGAAGGUGCUAAGAACCAGACUGCUAUGAACCCUACCAACACCAUUUAUGAUGCAAAAAGAUUGAUUGGAAGGAGAUUCAAUGAUGCGAAACUUCAGGAGGACAUUAAGUUAUGGCCUUUCAAAGUCAUAAAAGGAACUAGCAACAUUCCGAAGAUUGUAGUUUCAUACAAUGGUGAAGAGAAGGAGUUUUCUGCAGAGGAGAUUUCAUCCAUGGUUCUUAUUAAAUUGAAAGAAGCUGCAGAGAAAUUCCUUGGUAAAAUUAUACGUGAUGCAGUCAUCACGGUACCAGCUUAUUUUGAUGAUUCCCAACGCCAAGCAACAAAGGAUGCUGGUCAUGUUGCUGGACUUAAUGUUCUACAGAUAAUUAAUGAGCCAACCUCGGCAGCAAUCGCAUAUGGAUUAGACAUGAGAAAUAAUAUAACUCGUCAAAUAAAUGUGCUUAUCUUUGAUUUGGGUGGUGGUACCUUCGAUGUCUCUCUUGUCACCAUUGAUAAGAAUAGUACGAUAACAGUUAAGGCUGUUGCCGGUGACACUCACUUAGGUGGUCAGGACUUUGAUAGCACGAUGGUUGACUAUUUUGUGGAACAAUUCAAGAGAAAGCAUACGAUAGACAUCAGUGUGAAUAAAAAAGCACUAUCUCGGUUGAGGGUAGCUUGUGAAAAAGCAAAAAGAGUUCUCUCUUCAAUUAUUGAUACUACUAUUGAUAUCGACAGCUUGCAUGAUGGUGUUGAUUUUUCUAUGAGAAUAUCUCGUGCAAAGUUUGAAAAGCUUAAUGAAGACUUCUUUAGUAAGUGUAUAGAGAUGGUGGAAAAAUGUUUGGGUGAUGCACAAAUGAAUAAAAAAGAUAUAGAUGAGAUAGUAUUAGUUGGUGGGUCAACCAGGAUACCCAAGGUACAACAAAUGUUGAAAGACUUCUUCCAAGGAAAAGAGCUUUCUAAGAAAAUCCAUGCUGAUGAGGCAGUUGCAUAUGGUGCAACAGUUCUUGCUGGAAAAUUAACAGGAUGUACCGGUAAAAGAGUUAAGAACUUAGUGUUGAUAGAUGUUGUGCCUCUGUCACUUGGUACAGAUUUGCAUGAUGGCUCUAUGUCUGUUAUAAUUAAAAGAAAUUCCCCAAUACCAAUCAAGAAUGAAAAAACUUAUGUGACUAUUAAGGAUGACCAAAAGAUUAUCGGUUGCAAUAUCUAUCAGGGUGAGAGAAGUAGGGCGGUAGAUAAUAAUUGGUUGGGAAAAUUCGAUGUUGCAGUUCCACCUGCGCCAAAGGGCAAGUCAAAGAUAAGAGUGGCCUUUUCCAUUGAUGCUAAUGGUAUUUUAAAUUGCUCGGGAGUAGAGUUAACAACUGGCCUAAAAAGAGGGCUUAUAGUUACCAAUUACAAGGAAAGGCUUACAACGCAAGAUAUCGAAAAAAUGCUUGAUGAUGCUCAUAAGUACAAAUUACAAGACGAGGAGUACAAGAAGAAGACUUUUGUACGUAAUGCAUUGGAGGGCUACAUUGACGAUGUGAAAAGCAAAAUCAAGAAAAUAGGAAAAAAUACUAAGAUGAUUCAUAAGAAAGACAUGGAAAUAAUGGAAAUCGCCAUAGAAAAAGCAAGUAAAAUUCUUAAUGAAAGCCAACUUGAUGAUUCUGAUGAGUAUGAAAAGGCACUUAAUCAGUUGGAAAAGGUAUGUCUGCCAAUCAUCGCCAAACUUGUUUAAACAACAUUUGGUUAAUCGUGAUGAAAAAUUAGUUGGAGUGUCAGCUACUAUAAAUUAUGUGCUAUAGUUUGUAUUUUUCAAUAACUGUUUACAUUUAAGUGUUGGAUUGAUAUUACGUGCGAGUGAAGAAUCAAAUGAUUUUGAUAAUAUUUCUA